UUUGGCUGAGCUUCUGUUAUUGGGAGAGACAAUGGAGGAAUGGCUAGCCAGCGCCUUUAAGAACCUGAUCGUAGAGGAGGACUUCGCGGACUGUUGCGUGAUUGUCGAGUUGAAACGAUUCAAAUGCCAUAAGAUGAUUCUAGGACUCGCCUCGGACUUUUUCAAGCGCGGAUUCCAAUCCGACUUCGCGGAAGCUGCUUCCGGAGAGCUUUGGCUGUCCGACACUACUGCAAAAACGUUCGAAAAGUUCCGUCUCUUUGCGUACACAUACGAUAAGAAGGCCGUCGCUAGCUACGACAAUGGGGAGCUCAUCAAAUUGUUGGACUGCGCCACCAUUUACCUGGUACCAACUUUAGCAUCCGUCUGCAUGGAUAUUAUCAAGCAAAGAAUACCAAAAAUGAAGUAUCCCGACCUGCUGAAGGUGUUUGAGUAUGGGCAUCACAUUACCAACGAGGAUUUAAUCAAGGAAACGUCCCAAGCCCUGCGUUGCCUUCGCGGGCCUGUACCUGUUGAGGUUUAUCAGCUGGGAUCCGACGUAUUCAGGGAAUUCAUCAAAUUACUUUCCCUGUCGGAAAUCAUUCGUUUUGAGACUAUUGAAAAAUAUGUUGCCAUGUACGGCUUUGUCUCCCUUUGCGAGUUUAAAUGGCAGUUCAAAGGCCUAUCCUCCCAGUCCAAUGAAAAAACCGAUGCAUACGCCAACGAGAAUCCAUUCAAAAUCGAGAAGAGCGACAUUGAAUCGGACAAAGGUACAGACCAAGAGCCAAAGCGACAUAAGGUCAAUAACGAAUAUGUCAAAGAUCUUUUGACUUAUGUGAAAUAUGAAAAUAUGAAUGUCCACGAAUUUUACGAGGGCCCCGGCAAAUCCAGGCUACUGACCCUUGAAUCCAAAUAUGAUUUGUUAUAUAAGAUCGCAGCGAAGGAAUGUAAACCUAGAAUAGUACGCAUGCCAUUCCAUAUCCAAUAAAAUCAGAGAAAAAUCA